CUGAACCUAUUACUGUGAAGCGAAGAAGAGAGGAAGAUGAGGACGAUGAUGAGCUUGGAAAGCUGAUGGGCGGUGGGGUGAAGCGGCGCAACAGCUCGGCUUCCUCUAAUCACCGUAAGACUGGUCUGCUCGCAAGUCAAUUGGAUGGGACGACAUUAGGACUGCCGAUGGAGAGUCUGCCUAAUCCAGGUGAUCUGGAUGAACAAAAGAUGGACACCAACGUCGAAGCCAACACCAACAUGCCACAAGCUCCAUCAGUUGGAGCUCCAGAUCAUGGUAACACUCUUAGGCGGAAAGGUAGCCUCAAGGUCAAGAACGAGGGUGCGACCAAUCCUGGACGAUACGCCAUCAAGCCCGUAGAGAGUUCAGGCGAUCGGGAGAACACUGGUGGCGAAGAAGAAAAGAAGAGCAAUGGGGGCGGGGGCGGAUAGAAGGCGUCUAUUGCUCUUCCCCGAACCUCAACCAUCCAGUAUCCAUUGAUAUUGAAGCCUUUUGGGUUUCAACUUCAGCGCAACCAUCGCUAUCAAACUCUCUACAAACAGCGAGGCUUUGUAUCAAGCACUUACGCGCGGCGUCCAGUGCGCAACCUGGCGAGCCUGCUUUGGGCCGGUAACGACGAUCUCCGCAACGAAGGUGUAGCUGCGAUGAAGCUGAAGGUCAGCCGCGCACAUUUGUCUGAAGAAGACGAAGAAUCUCUUGACGCCACAGAGGUCGACUCCGUGAUCUCAGGUUUCAGCUACAGCAAGUACGACGAUGAAGAUUACCACGAGCGCUGGAAAGACCUCAUCCAAUUCUCAGGCACGAACUCUGCCUGUUCUGAGAUGAGGCUGCCACUGGCCAAAGUCGGACAGCUCAUGCAUGACUUUGAAAUCGCACGUCUGAGCCCUUGUGGUACCUGGUGCAAGCACCGCAUGUCUGGCGGCCUUUUCAGGACGAGGAGAUGGAAUGCUUUAUAGAUGAGAUGAGACUGCUGUAGAUGAGUAUCUGGCUAGCGACUCCUCACCUGAAAAUUUUAGCGUUCAUGCCUUCUUUUUGCUUUUUUGAGCGAGCGUAGAGGCAGGCAGGCAGGCAGGCAUUAACGUAACGAAGUAGCAUUAUUGUAUGAAGUGUAUUAUAGCUCAUAAAAGGAAUGAAUGGAGAGCGUGUGUGUGACGUGCAACGCUUGAG